AGUGUAUGUAAACGAUGAAACCCUCCCUCCUGUGAUUCGCGGGAAAAGUGAAAAAAUGGCGACGGUGGAAGUUUGAAGUUUAGCGCCACGACUCAGACACAGAGACACCGAGGACAAGGAGACACAGACCGGCUGCCUGUCUGUCCCGCUGCGGACCGACCUGUCUGACGGAACAACAGCCUGUCUGUCUCCAGACCAGAGGACCGGGGGACUUGGACCAGAUUAGAGGAGGAUGUUUGAGGACCUGGUUGAGGCCUUCUGUGGUCUGGAGCCUCAGGUUUCUCCGGGGGGUGGGGCAUGUCGGAGGGGGCGUGGCCUGGAGGAGGAGGAGGAGGAGGGGGCAGAGUCCAGUCUGAGCGUGGGACAAUUCGUCCUCUGUCAUUGGUCAGAUGGACUCUAUUACCUGGGCAAGAUACAGAGGGUGAGCCCCCCCAGGCAGAGCUGCUUCGUCACAUUCGAGGACAAUUCCAAGUUCUGGGUCCUCUGGAAGGACAUCCAACACGCUGGAGUGCCGGGGGAGGAGCCUCGAUGCUCCGUGUGUCGGGAGGUGGAGCCAAACUCUGACAGCCAAUCAAACAACCAGAUCCUCAUCUGUGGCAAGUGUGGCAUCGGUUUCCAUCAGCAGUGCCAUGUUCCUCCAGUAGAGGGCAGUAACAGUGUCAGUCCCUGGUUCUGUAGACGCUGUGUCUUCGCUCUGGCUGUCAGGAAAGGAGGCGCUCUGAAGAAAGGUCCUAUAGCCAAAGCUCUGUCCGCCAUGAAGCAGGUCCUGCUCUACGACCUGGAUUCUCUGGACUGGGACUCUCAGCACCGGACCAAUCAGCAGCAGUGUUACUGUUACUGUGGAGGCCCUGGAGAGUGGUACCUGAAGAUGCUGCAGUGCUUCAGGUGUCAGCAGUGGUUCCAUGAGGCCUGUACACAGUGUCUGCAGGAGUCCAUGAUGUUUGGAGACCGGUUCUACCUCUUCCUCUGUGCGGUCUGUAAUAAAGGAUCAGAGUACGUCCGUCGUCUCUCUCUCAGGUGGGUUGACCUGGUUCACCUGGUUCUCUACAACCUGUCCGUCAGCAGCAAGAAGAAAUAUUUUGAGCUCGAUGAGAUCCUGGCCUUUGUCUCCGCCAACUGGGACCACUUACAGCUCGGAAAGCUGUCGAACACUCCUCCGGCAGAGAGGGGGCAGCACCUGUUGGAUGCGCUGAACAAAUACAAGAGCAAGUUUCUGUGCGGGAAGGAGAUCAAGAAGAGGAAAUGUAUCUUUCGUCUGAGGACCAGAGUUCCCCCCAACCCCCCCUCCAAGCUGUUUCCUGAGCGCACUCAGAAUGACGGGGGACGGGGCCGGAAGAAGGGUGUGGUCAGAAACAGUGCUUCGGCGGAGAGGAAGAGGAGGAAGUCCAAGUGGCUCCUGGAGGACGCCAUCCCCAACAACGAGUUGUCCUGCAGCUGGACCUCCAACCACCACAUGGCCAACAUCUUCGACUUCACCCUGGAUGAACUGCAGAGCCUCAAGAGCACCUCCAGUAGAACCGUCAGCAUCGAUCAGGAUUCCACUGACGCCUCCACCUCGGGCUCUGCUACGACCAGCGCCUCUUACCACUUCAGGAGGAGGGUGGGCAGCAGGAAGAGGAAGUUACCCAGCAACAGCUACAGCCAGUGGGCCAAUCGCAGCGAGGUGGGGGAGGAGCUUGGAGGGGAGGAGCUCUCUGGGAUCCUGGAGGACCCAGAAGCCACAAACCAUGCCCACCUGCCAUCAGACUCCUCCCACUUCCUGUCUGACCCCUCCCAACUCCCCUCUGACUCCUCCCACCUCCACUCCUCCAUCUCCUCGUAUUUUGGUGUGGCAGGCAGACUGACCAAUGGGGAGAGGUACCAGGUGUUAGCUCGCCGUGUCACUCCUCAGGGGACGGUCCAGUACCUGUUGGAGUGGGAGGGGACAACACCUUAUUAGGACGUGGGCAGAGAGACACGGUUUAGACUUCCUGUGACGCUUUGAGACCUCCUCCUCCACUCACUCUGCUGAUUGGUCCAAACCAGUCACAGUGAUUUAGUGUGUUAGGCCACCUGACCGACCACCUGAUCAAAUUUCUUUGUUUUAAAGUUAAUGUUUUUAAAAAUACUUUUUCUCUGAAACAGAAAUAAGUCAGAGGAACAAUUUUAUCAACAGGGUUUUCACAGUGAAGAGUUAGAUUACACCUGUGUCCCCACAAGGUGAGUUUGGAGGAAUAAGGUUUCAAAAGCUGAUCAUAAUCCUGUAAAACAGUAUUUAGUGAAAACAAAAUGUUGAACUGCAGCCAAAGACCACACACACACACAUACUCUUUCUCUCAGUAGUGUUACCUGUAGGGUCCAGGUGUGUGUGUCCUCAGUAGAUUUUCUCUCUGCUCUGUUGAACCAAACGUUUCUUCUUCUUCUUUGUCUCUGGUUGUGAAACAGUCUGAGCCCCCCCCCCCCAAAAAAAAAAAAAGCUGUCAAACAGCUCGCUGCCUCACCUGUCCUCUCUGCUGCACCUCAGUUACUUCCUGUUCAGCAGCUUCUGAUUUAUUUAACCAACAUAUUCAGCACUUCAUCUGAAGCACCUGCUCUGAUCUGACCACGCCCCCUCUGUGACAUCACAGCAGGUGUUUCUGUGAACUCUCUGAGUGGGUGUGGCCAGAGAUCAGAGCAUCUUUUACCUGUGAAGUUCCAAUGAGAUCUGAGUUUUUGUUUCCUUCCAUAGAUGUUUUAUUCCAGUGAAACUAGAACCUGAAAAAACAGCUGUAAUAAUAAUUAAUCAAUCAGUCAAUCAGUAAUAAUAAAUGAGUUCAGAUGAUCCUCUGGUUUGAGUUCAGAGGCUUCAUCUAAAACCUGUUGCUGAGAAACAAAAACUACAAAUCCCGGUGGACCUGAAGACUCAGUUUCCCAGAGUUCAGUGUUUCCUGUGUUUACCUUCAGAGUAUUGAUCUGUUUCAGCAGCCGGUCUCUUGCACUAUCAUCACAUUCAGUAUCUAUGCAAACAUCAAAUUUAACUUCCAAACUGAUAAUCAAUCACAGGCAUUGAUCAGUGAUCAGGAGCCUUUUGCUGUUUAAAAUAAUAAAUAUUGACAUACAGAGUUAGCUUGAAGCUAACACAGCCCAUUGGUUUGAAUGAGGAAUGUUAACAGUUCUAAUAGUGCUAACAGUCUCUGAGACGUUAAACUGUCACUCUGUCACUUUAAACCUGCAGCUCCUCCUUGCUGCCAUGGUAACCACGCUCCUCUGCCAUUGGUCUGUUGGAUGGUUGUUUUGUUCAUGUGACUGUUUGUAUUUUUGCCUUUUUCUGUUGAGCUGACCAAUCAGCUGCCAGCUUUCUCUGGAAUAAAAAAAAACAACAACUGUUGUUUGACCUUUGA